CUCUCUCUCUCUCUCUCUCUCUCUCUCUCUCUCUCUCUGUACUACAAAAGGCUUUCAGACCAAGCAAGCUACCGACAGUUCUUGUAAAUGCCUAUACUCUUCCCUCAUCUCUCUCUAAAAUUCCAUCUCUCAAAUUCUCUCUCUCUGGUUAUUUCCUUCUAAAAAAACAUGGUACAAUCAAGGAAGUUCAGAGGAGUCAGGCAGCGACAGUGGGGCUCUUGGGUGUCAGAAAUUCGCCACCCAUUACUUAAGAGGAGGGUGUGGCUAGGGACAUUUGAGACAGCAGAGGCAGCAGCAAGAGCAUAUGACCAAGCAGCAAUUUUGAUGAACGGACAGAAUGCCAAGACCAAUUUUCCGAUAUUGAACAACAACAAUUCCGACCAAGACACGAAAUCCCCCACUGACCAAGACACCCCAUGGUCUCCAAAAGCACUUUCCGAGCUACUCAGGGCCAAGCUCAGAAAAUGCUGCAAAGACCAAUCGCCCUCCCUGACUUGCCUUCGACUCGACAAUGACAAUUCCCAUAUUGGGGUCUGGCAGAAGCGCCCGGCCGGAUCGCGGGCGAGCUCCAAUUGGGUCAUGAGGAUUGAGCUUGGGAAGAAGAAGAAGCAGGGUUCUAAUCAUGAUAAUCAAGAGGAAUUGAUGUCGUCCUUGUCAUCGUCGUCGAGUUCAUCGUCAAUGGUGGGGUUGACUGAGGGUGGAGUGAGUGUGGUAGAACCGGAUGAAGAGGAUAAACUUGCAAUGCAGAUGAUAGAAGAGUUGCUGAAUUGGAAUUAUCCAACGCCUCCACCCACAGGUAAUGUUCAAGAAGGAAACAAUAUUUAAAGGGAAUUCUAUACUCUGGAUUUUUUAACCGUUAAACUCUUGAUAAAAAAAUAUAAUAAACAAGAUCUAACGUUUAAAAACUUCAGAAUAUAAAAAUGCUUCGAAGUAUCGUAGAAUUUUCGAUAGGUAUAACCAACCAGUCAACCAGCUUGAAUUCCUAGUGUUAUUAGUCCUUGAAGUAGGGAAGCAGUUAAGACUGAGUGCUCAAUUUGCAGUUACGUAUAGUAGUUAAUCAAAUCAUAAAGCGCCACGUCCUCACUGUGGUGUUGUGAUUGUUGAAAAAGAAUCGUAGAAAGAUUUUCAGUAAAUAUUUGUCAAAUCUGCGUGGUUGGUAGUAGCAAUACUUGUCUUGAAAAUGUAAAAAUGUAGAUAAUAUUAAUUAAGCUCACCUCUUUCUGCAGAUUUGGUUAA